AAUCACUAAAUUUACACUAAAUAUCCGUGGAGCCCAAUGCGAUGCUUUCGACAGUUUGGCGAACUUCGCGGCGCUUCUUCUCUCGCAGCUGGAAGCUUCCAGAGGUACCGCUAAGUGAGACCUUGGAAGAUGCUUUGAUUCGCCAGCUAGUGCCACGAGAGGCACAGCUGGUCGAGUCUCAGCAAGAGGCAGAGGAGCUGGUACCAGAGCUGCUAGCAGCUCGUGUCCUGGGUUUGGACUGCGAGGGCGUUUCCCUCGGCCGGUGGGGGCGAUUGUGCCUUUGCCAGGUGGCAACGCCAGGGCAGGUGUUCCUCUUCGACGCCUUGCGCAAGGAUGUCAUUGAGGUCCUCCGGCCAGUUCUGACUUCCACUGCCGUCACAAAGGUCAUGCAUGACAGCCGCGAAGACUCGUCCGCCUUCUUGUCCCAAUUUGGCAUAGAAUUGGCUGGCGUGUUCGACUCGCAGGUAGCCCACACCAUGAUGCUGGAGCAGCAGGCACUGCGGCCGUUUCAGAUCUCUCUCAAUGAGCUUCUGAAAAUGGUGCUGAGACUGGAAAACGAGAAAGAAGCGUCCCUGGGACAGCGCAUGAAGAAGGAUCCCAAUGUUUGGUUUUACAGACCCAUGAGAGAGGACCUUCUCACCUAUGCAGCCCAGGAUGUGAUGUACCUACCCCUUCUGCAUCAACGGCUUUGUGAUCAGUUAGGUGAUCGCAGCGGAUGCCGUGUGAUGACAAGGAGCCGGGAGUAUGUGAACUAUGCGCGCAUGAACCUCCACUUGUCCUCACCAAAGGCAGCUGAGCGCCGAGGUCUCCGACUUCAGGCAAUGCUUGCAACUCAGACCGAGGCGGCAUUGUACUUCAAGUUGAACCUUGGAGCCCAUCGCCAAGGCGUUGUUAGCCGCGAAGAGGCACUGAAGAACUUCAAAGACAUGCAUUAUGGCGAGAUUGCUGAUUGUUGGGUGUCUGCCUGGAACACCGGUCGCAACAUUCUCUUCUUGGAGCGGUUUGAGCAUUCCAGCCAUGCCUUGAGCAAAGGUAUCACUGAUGUUUAUUUGACUGCACUCACUGCUCGUUGAAUUGUUUGAAAUACAGUAGUCUAUUUUGACCUUAUUUUGUUCAUCAUUGUUAUUUUGGUCUUAUUUUUGUUGUUUUUAUGUUAAUGCAUUAUUAAGACCAUAUUAGCGCCUUAUUAAGGCAUUAAUUAAUAAUAGAUGCAUAAUAUAAUGGUGAGGGUGGGGGUAGUCAAGCAGGGGGUAGUAUAUAGCACUCCAUGAUGGAUUUGCGAAAGCUCCGGCGUGGUGCGGCUCCGAUUUGUCAGGGGCAGCUUUGCACCAGACCCAGACUUUACCACUGGCAGUGCUGGGCGCCGGCGCAAGCGGAGGCCUCAUGGCCCGACUGACUAAGCUGAAAAGGCUCUUUCAAAA